UUUAUUUCUGCGUGAAACCACGAGUGUAGGAACAAAAUCUAUAAAUAUAGAAGCGACGGCGAAAAACACGAACGCGAGUUUGUGUUUAUAAACCCACUUAUAAAUAAACAAAUUAAUUACACAUUCAUUCAAUUUUCACGAAGAAGAAGAAGAAGCAAGCAAAACUAGCCCUAAAUCUCUACGGGUUUCUGGGUUUUUGCUGCUUCUUCUCCUUCACGACGCAAUCUCUUGAAAAUUAAUCGUUGUAAUCUCUAAUCUCUACGAGUUUCUGGGUUUUUGAUCUCAUAGUAUACUAGACAAUAUAUAUAUAUAUAUCACACACACACAAAUUGUGCUUUUUAUUCAAUGGAUGAUUAUAUGAGUGAUGAUGAUUACUACUUUGAAGCGGAGGAAGAUGAUCCUUUUGAAUGGUCGAACGAGGAAGGUCCGUCGACUAAGGUAAUCACAAAAGAGUCUCUUUUGGCUGCACAGAAAGUGGACUUGGAAAGAGUAAUGGACUUGCUAUCUCUGAAGGAACACCAUGCAAGGACCUUGCUCAUUCACUAUCGUUGGGAUGUCGAUAUGAUCUUUGCAGUGUUUGUGGAGAGAGGGAAAGAUAGCUUGUAUGCUGAAGCCGGUGUAACUGUGGAGAACUUUGGUAAUCUUUCCUUAUCGGAGAGUUCAUCCGAAGUAAUGUGUGAUAUUUGCAUCGAGGAACUCCCUGCUGAGGAGACCACAACUAUGGACUGUGGUCAUUGUUUCUGCAACAAUUGUUGGACAGAGCAUUUUGUUGUGAAGAUAGUUGAGGGUCAGAGUAGACGCAUUACAUGCAUGGCAUACAAGUGCAAAGCAAUAUGUGAUGAAGGGAAAAUCAGAAAUCUAGUCAGUGCAAGGGAUCUUGAGCUAGCAAAUAAAUUCGAACGCAUUCUCAUAGAAUCAUAUAUUGAGGAUAAUAACAGGGUAAAAUGGUGUCCUAGUGUUCCUCAUUGUGGAAAUGCAAUACGUGUUGAGGAUGAUGAUUAUUGCGAGGUUGAAUGUACAUGUGGUCAGCAAUUCUGUUUCCAUUGCUCAUGUGAAGCGCACUCACCUUGUUCGUGUUUCAUGUGGGAGCUUUGGACUAAGAAGUGCGAGGAUGAAUCAGAGACCGUUAAUUGGAUUACAGUCAACACGAAACCAUGCCCUAAAUGUCACAAACUGGUGGAGAAGAAUGGAGGAUGCAACCUGGUACAAUGUGUCUGUGGACAAUGCUUCUGUUGGCGGUGUGGUGGAGCUACAGGUUAUGAACACAAUUGGGUGGGCAUUACCGGUCACAGUUGUGGACGAUACAAAGAAGAUGAAGUGACAAAAACAGAACAAGCAAAAAAGGAACUUCUCCGCUACAUUCACUAUCAUAAUCAUUACCAAGCUCAUAUUGAUUCUAUAAAGGCUGAAGUUCAGCUGAAAGAAAACAUGCAGGAGAAGAUAUCGAAAUUGGAAGCACGGCUACCGGAAAUUAAAGAUUACCAUUGGGUGACAGAUGGAGUGUAUAGACUCUUUAGAUCAAGGGGUGUUCUUAAAUAUUCCUACCCAUUUGCAUAUUACAUGUUUGGUGAUCAUCUUUUUCAAAAUGAGAUGACAAAGAAACAGAGGGAAAUAAAACAGAACUUGUUUGAGGACCAACAACAACAGCUUGAGUCAAAUGUUGAGAGACUCUCUAAGUAUUUAGAGGAGCCAUUUGAUGAAUACGACGAGAAUAAAGUUAUGGAAACAAGAGAUAAGUGCACUACUCUGGCUAAAAUCAGUGAUGAUGGUUGCAAAAAAUUGUAUGAAUGCAUUGAGAAUGAUUUGCUCGGUCCACUUCAGCAAGCAACUCAUAUCAUAGCUCCUUACUAUUCAAAGGGUGUAAAAAAAGCAUCACAACUCCCCGGAAACGAUCAACAAUAAAUGCCAAUAGGAUACUCAACUCUUCUUAUGUAGUGCAUCAUAACAUUAUAUGAUUUUUGUUCACCAUAAUUACUUCUUUAUCUCAGCAAAUAGUUCUCUUGAAGCAGAUUAAAAGAUAAAUAGAAAGAUUUUCACGGUUCGAGCUCAAUGAGAUUAUAUCAUUACGCUUCAACUUCAAAUAUAAAGUAGACAUCAAAAUCUGCAAUCUGCUUUCAAAUCAAUGAAGGCGGCAACACAUUCAUUUGUCCAAUACU